UCCUCCUGCCUCACUCCUUUAUAGCUGGCAUUAGUAUUACCAAUACUUACCGGGGAAUCCACAGCAGCAGCAACUGUAUUUUGAAACUUGCUUAUGUAUUAUGGACAAGGACUAAGACCUGACCCAAUUCAUUGUCACAGUGAUCCCUUUUCCAUCCCACAUCAAAUUCAGUUCUCUGCGCCCAACCCAAGUUCAAAGGCUGAUGGGAGAGAAAAACCCAUGAAGAGGUUUGCUUGAAGGAAAUUUGCUCAGUGGAUGGGAUCUUGGCUCACAGGGAAAGAUGUUAGACCCUCUCUGGCUCUUUUUCAGCCUUCUGGCUGUGACUGCUGCUCAACAAUCCAUUGAAGACAAGGCUAAAGCAUUUCUGGACAAUUUUAAUAAAGCUGCGGAAGAUGUGUCUUAUCAAAGUUCACUUGCUUCUUGGGAUUAUAACACUAAUAUUACUGAUGAGAAUGUCCAAAAAAUGAAUGAAGCAGCAGCCAAUUGGUCUGCAUUUUAUACUGUCCAGUCCAACUUAUCCAGAGAAUAUCCACUAAAUGAAAUUUUCGCGUAUCCUAUCAGACUUCAGCUUAAGUCUCUCCAGCAGAAAGGAGCUGCAGUGUUGUCAGCUGAGAAGAGUGCACGGCUGAACACAAUCUUGAAUACGAUGAGCACUCUCUACAGCACUGGAACUGUCUGUAACCCUCAAAAUCCUCAGGAAUGUUUAUUGCUUGAACCAGGUUUGGACAAAAUUAUGGAAGAAAGCAGUAAUUAUUAUGAAAGGCUAUGGGCUUGGGAAGGCUGGAGAUCUAAAGUUGGCAAAGAAAUGAGGCCAUUAUAUGAAGAAUAUGUGGAUUUAAAAAAUGAACUGGCCAAAGGAAAUGACUAUGAAGACUAUGGGGAUUAUUGGAGAGGAGAUUAUGAAGUUGAAGAAUCAAGUGAAUUUGCCUAUCCUCGUUCUCAGCUGAGUCAAGAUGUGGAAAAGACCUAUUCCCAGAUAAAAGAGUUAUAUGACCAACUACAUGCCUAUGUGCGGAAAAGGAUGAUGACCAUCUAUGGGCCUCUAAUUAGUGAAACUGGGGGUCUUCCUGCACAUUUGCUAGGUGACAUGUGGGGCAGAUUCUGGACAAAUCUAUAUUCAUUGACAGUGCCCUAUUCAGAAAAACCAAACAUUGAUGUGACUCAAGCCAUGAAGGAUCAGAAUUGGAAUGCAAAAAGGAUAUUUGAGGAAGCUGAGAAAUUCUUUAUAUCUGUUGGCCUCUUUAACAUGACCGAGGGUUUCUGGAAGAAUUCAAUGCUCACGGAGCCUAGCGAUGGCAGAAAAGUGGUUUGCCAUCCUACAGCUUGGGAUUUGGGAAAAGGGGAUUUCAGGAUUAAGAUGUGCACAAAAGUGACAAUGGAUGACUUUCUAACUGCUCAUCAUGAAAUGGGUCACAUCCAGUAUGACAUGGCUUAUGCUUUGCAACCUUUUCUGCUGAGAAAUGGGGCCAAUGAAGGGUUCCAUGAGGCAGUUGGAGAAAUCAUGUCCCUCUCAGCAGCCACCCCUACACAUUUACAAGCCCUUGGUCUCUUACCACCGACUUUUCAGGAGGAUUAUGAAACAGAAAUAAAUUUCCUGUUCAAGCAAGCCCUCACCAUUGUUGGAACAAUGCCUUUUACUUACAUGCUAGAGAAAUGGAGAUGGAUGGUUUUCAAGGGUGAAAUUCCCAAAGAGAAAUGGAUGAAAAAGUGGUGGGAGAUGAAGCGUGAGAUAGUUGGUGUAGUGGAACCCCUACCCCAUGAUGAAACCUACUGUGACCCUGCUGCUCUCUUUCAUGUUGCUAAUGAUUAUUCUUUCAUCAGAUAUUAUACAAGGACUAUUUAUCAGUUCCAGUUCCAUGAAGCUCUUUGUAGAAUCGCUCAGCCAUCAACUAUUCUUCAUAAGUGUGACAUUACCAACUCAACUGAAGCUGGGAACAAGUUGCUUGCUAUGCUGAACCUGGGAAAAUCAGAACCUUGGACAAAAGCAUUAGAAAAUGUUGUAGGAAAGAAGACAAUGGAUGCAGGACCAUUGCUCACAUACUUUAAUCCCUUAUUAACAUGGCUGAAAGAACAAAACAGAGGUACUUCUGUGGGUUGGAAUCCUGCCUGGAGUCCUUAUAAUGACUACAGCAUCAAAGUGAGGAUAAGUCUGAAAUCAGCAUUUGGAGAUGAUGCAUAUAGCUGGAAUGAAAAUGAAUUGUAUUUGUUCCAGUCAUCAAUUGCUUUUGCCAUGAGACAGUAUUUUUUACAAAAAAAAAAUCAGACUAUCCUGUUUAGGGAUGAAAAUGUGAAAGUGUUUGAUUUGAAACCCAGAAUUUCCUUCUAUUUCUUUGUCACUAUCCCUCAGAAUGGGACCUAUGUUCCCCGAGAAGAAGUUGAACAAGCAGUCAGACUCUAUAGGGGCCGCAUCAAUGAUGCCUUUCGCUUGAAUGACAACAGUUUGGAGUUUGUGGGCAUCCCUCCCACAAUAGCACCUCCUUAUGAGCCACCAGUCACCAUUUGGAUGAUUGUAUUUGGAGUGGUCAUGGGACUUGUGGUGAUUGGAAUUGUGUACUUAAUCUAUACUGGUGUCAGAGACCGAAAGAAGAAAAACAUAAAAGACACUAAACAAGCAGAGAACCCCUAUGCUGAAGAACAUUCCACUGGGGGACGAAAUAAUCCAGCUUUCCAAAGCCCUGAGGAUGCUCAAACUUCGUUGUAGAAAAAAAAAAUUAUUUUCUAAUUAUUUCAUUUUCUGUAAAUAGUAACAUCAUGUAAUGAACACAGGUGAGGCUCCUGUAAAUGCUCUUGAAUACCCAAAAUACAGUUCUUAUCAGGAACUGCUUCCACUCCAACAAAAAGUUGCAGGACCAGAUCUCUACUGUUUCUAUUAUUUACUGCUUUCUCAGAGCUACACAUUUCCCCAAGAGAAAAGAAGUCAAAAAUACUGGUGGCUUCUUUGGGGCACUAAAGCUAUUCAAGGAGAAAAAGAAAAUUGGAAUAUAUCAAGUUACUGAAUUAUUUGAGGCUGGAAAAGAGAUUUCGUGGCAACAAAUGUUGACAUUUGGGUGUGAGUAAUUGAUCUAUUGUUUGUCAUAAUUGUAUCCUUAGCAGGCUGAUUGUCCACUAAAAACAGAACAAAGUUAUGAGUUACAUCUUUAGCCCAUUCUAAGAAUUAUAGUAGCUGGCCUAGAUGGACAUCCAAGUCUUGGGGUACAGCUCUAAAGGAUAUGGUGAGGAGAGUUGAAGGAAUCAGAAUUGAGAUUAGUAGGGUGUAAGGCAGUAUGUUAUUAUCAACCAAUCAAUAAGCAUUUGUUGCUAUGUGCCAGACCCUGCACUAAGAGCUAAGAAUGCAAGGAAAAGCAAAAGUUAGUCCUUGAUCUCAAGGAGCUCAUUCUAAAAAGGUAGACAACAUGCAAAAUGAUUAUGUACAUAUAUGAUAUAUACGUUUGUAUAUAGAUGGUAAUCUCAGAGGAUAGGUACUCAGGAGUUGGGGGGAAAGAGAGAGAGAGAUUAGGAAAAAUCUCUUGCAGAAGAUGGGAUUUGACCUUAGUUUCAAAGGAAGCCAGAAAAUCUUGGAGGCAGAGGGGAGAAAACAAUGAAUCUAAAGAUAGAAUCAAGUUCUGAUUCUAUUUAUGUUUUGUGUGACUUUACCUUACUUGGUCUCAGUUUCUCAUCACUGAAAUGAGAGGAUUGUUCAAAACUAUUUCUAAUGUUCCUUGAUGCUUGAACUCCUCCUACAAUCUCCCCUACUAGCUACUUUCCUUGUUUCCUGGGAUUGAUAAUUGGUAUUUUCAUAAGGAUUUUCAGAGGCUUCCAAAACCCUCCCUGUGAGUCCACAAGUGCAGGAUUGAUUCUGUAGUACCCCUUAUUUUUCUCUCUGUAUCAGUGAGAGACACUUAUAGGUCAUAAGCUUCUUAAGGGGGGAAAAAAACAUGUUUUCUAGUCCCCUCUCCUCUAUAUCCCUAAUCAGAGUACCCAGCCCAAGAAUGAGCAAACUUGUUGAGUUGACCCAAUACACUACCUUAACCCUCAAAAGAUUCCCAUUCCCAAAGACCAAGCCAUGAACCAAAUAAAGGUUUUUCCCAAGGUGUUAAGACUUUCCAUGCAAAAAUGAGAUGUGCAAUUAUAUUGUUGAAUAAUAAUAAUAAAGAGAAAGGUGACUUUUUGCUUGUCAA